AUGUCCAAUCACACAAGAGUGACUCACUUCAUCCUCAGGGGCUUCUCAGAUAUCCCUCAGCUGAGAUUGGUGGUCAUCCCAUUUUUCUUGCUUGUUUACACGUUUGGCCUCCUGGGAAACCUCUCCAUCAUCAUGGCUGUGAUGAGAGACAGUCGGCUCCACUCUCCCAUGUACUUCUUCCUGAAGAAUUUGUCUUUUCUGGACAUAUGCUACACCUCAGCCACCAUUCCCAAGGCAGUGGUUAUAUCCUUCACAGGCUCAGGAGUCAUCUCCUAUCUUGAGUGUGUAGCACAGCUUUACAUAAUUUUUACAUUUGCAUGUACUGAAUGCUUUCUGCUGACGACCAUGGCUUAUGACCGGUGCCUGGCCAUCCUCAGACCACUGCUCUAUGGAAACAUCAUGAGCCAGAACUAUUGUUCAUCAUUGGUGGUCACUGCCUGGGUAGGUGGGGCCAUCUACUCAGCCUUCCGCACUUCCAACACCUUCUCCCUCCCCUACUGUGGACCCAAUGUCAUUGAGCACUUCUUCUGUGACAUCCCUCCAGUCAUGAGACUCUCCUGCACUGAUUACCAUGUGAGUGAGGAGGUGGGCUUUGCUGUCGGCAGCUGCAUUGUCAUGAGCUCCUUUGCCCUCACGGUGGUCUCCUAUAUUGGCAUUGUGGCCACAUGUAGUGGUUACUGGGAGGAUUCACAAGGGUUUCGCAUUCAGAAAGAAGUCUAG